AUCCAUUCCUUAGAAUCAACUUGUGAAGUUGCUUCCACCCAAUCUCUUCCUCGAUGUGAUGAUCCAAGAACUCGAGCAAAAUGGCGAUCACACGCUCCACAAUCACCAUGACUCCCUCCGGACUCUUUCUCCUCUUCCUCUUCGCCACCACUGCAUCGCCCGCGCCAAUCGCCCUCCCCCUUUCGACGAGCUCGAGAUGGGUCGUCGACGGUGAGGGACGGCGGGUGAAGCUGGCGUGCGUGAACUGGGCGGCCCACCUCGAGCCGGCAGUGGCCGAGGGGCUGAGCAAGCAGCCCCUGGACGCCAUCUCCAAGAGCGUGGCCGCUAUGGGGUUCAACUGUGUCAGGCUCACCUGGCCUCUCUACCUGCUCACCGACUCCUCGUUCGGGUCGGUCACCGUCCGGCAGUCGCUGGAGCGGCUCGGCCUCGCGGAGUCGGCCGCCGGCGUCCGCGUCAACAACCCCGGCCUGCUUGACCUCACCCUUGUCCAGGCCUUCCAGGCUGUUGUCUCGAAUCUAGCCAGCAACAGCCUCAUGGUGAUACUGGACAAUCAGAUAAGUAAGCCAGGCUGGUGUUGCAGCAAGUAUGAUGAUAAUGGCUUCUUUGGGGACAAGUAUUUUGACCCUGAUGAAUGGUUGAGAGGUCUGGAAAUGAUGGCAACAAUGUUCAACAGCUCAACAAGUGUGGUUGGCAUGAGCUUGAGGAAUGAGCUCAGAGGGCCAAAGCAAAACAUUAGCCUCUGGUACAGGUACAUGCAAAGAGGUGCAGAGAUCGUACAUUCAGCAAACCCGGACAUUCUUGUCAUACUAUCAGGUCUAGAUUAUGACAAAGACCUCAGCUUCCUGUCUGAAAAACAAGUGAAUUUAAGUUUCACCAAGAAGCUUGUUUUUGAGUACCAUUGGUAUGGAUUCUCAGAUGGUGGUGACUGGGGGAGUCAAAAUCCUAAUGAAGUUUGUGCAAUGGUGAUUGGUAACAUCACUAGAAAAGGAGGGUUCUUAUUAGAGCAAGGGUGGCCCUUGUUCCUAUCUGAGUUUGGGAUUGAUCAAAGAGGAGUAAAUGAGGCUGACAACCAUUUCCUCAGCUGCUUUCUGAGUUUUGCGGCUGAAAAGGAUAUAGAUUGGGCUCUUUGGGCAUUGCAAGGAAGUUAUUAUAUCAGAGAAGGGCAAUUAGGACUAGAUGAGACAUAUGGAGCUCUGAGUUGGGACUGGUGCAAGGCUAGGAAUUCCAGCUUUAUUCAGAGACUUUCUGCGAUACAAUCUCCCUUUCAAGGUCCUGGUCUUUCUAAAAGUUCACCAUAUAACAUGAUUUUCCAUCCGUCAACUGGACUUUGCAUUGUGACAAAUUCUCAACUCAAGCAGCUUCAGUUGGGCCAAUGUGCAGAAUCAACUGCCUGGCGCUACACCAGACAGAAAAAACUAAUGCUAAAAGGCACCAAAUAUUGCUUGCAACCUGAAGGUGUGAGCAAACCAGCAAAGCUGGGAUUCGGUUGCAAGGUCUCCAGUGCAAAAUGGCAUCUGAUAUCCAGCUCCAAGAUGCAUAUUUCAUCCAAUCUCACCAACAAUGGCAACAAUGUGUGCUUGGACAUUGAUGACAAUGGUACUAUCAUGACAAAUCAAUGCAAGUGCCUAAGCCUAGAUGGAACUUGCAAUCCUGGUAGCCAGUGGUUCAAGAUCAUCAGAAGCAGUAGGGAAGUAAAUGACCAAAUCUUUAAGCGCUGUCGAUCUCAAUUUGCGCAGGUUCAGACUUUCUAAGAGUACCAUCACACACAGGUAGAGACUUUUUAAGAAUACAGAGUCCUCUUUCCUCAUUUGAGUUCAGUGCCCUGCAAGGAGCUUGGAGAACAGCACCUGAAAACUCUGAAGAUGGCUUGCCAGGUCAUAUAAUUAUAGCUACACUUCCUAAAUUUAGGAUUAAAACUGUUAUAAAUGACUGACUGGCUACUUUUAUGGUGGGUUAUAGAUUACACUUUUUCUUUCACAAGCUUUGUGCAUAGUGGCAACCAAGAACUUAAGAUGGUUGUUGUGAUUGUGAUUGAUCAUUUGGCAGGUUACUUCAUAUCCUACUAUAGUAUCAGUUUCACAAUCAAAGGUAAGUUUUGAUA